AUGCCUUCUUACGAGCAAUUCCACAACCAAUUCGACAUCGUCCAGUCGGUCUCCGUUGAGGAGCACCAGUCCAAGCUUUCUCACGAAGUCAUUGCUGGCGGUGCCGCCUUCGAGGCCUGCAGGGCCUACGAAGACAAGUGCUCCCGUGAGGGCAGACCCGCCAACCACCGUCUUGCCAAGGAGAUCAUCGCCGGCCUUGCCGCGUCGAUCGUCGACCGCGAGUUUGAAUCCAAAGGUCUUAACUGGCUCGACCGCGAGCGUGCCAAGUGGAAGGCCCAGGAGGAGGCUCAAUCCUGCCUCGUCCGUGAGGACUACGAGCUCGACUCGGAGUUCUAA